GUCGUGCGUGGAGGAAGGAAGCAAGAGGACCGGCUGAAAGUGGUUUUAAUUUUCUUUUUGUGUUCCUUUUUUUUACUUUGGGACACAGCGUUAUCCCCCUAGCUGCUACUUGUUUUACGAAUUAAAUCCAGUAAGAGGCGCUAGUUAGCCGUUUCGCUCAGACCAAGCCUCCCCGCCGUUUAUUCCAUUUUGCCCUCGAUAUUAGCUAGCUGACUUACUCAGGCGCCCGUAACUGUCCCUCCAUCCACACGCCGACAUGCCGGAGUACCUGGAUGACCCGUCUGUGCUUACGAAGGACAAGCUGAAGAGCGAGUUGCUGGCCCACAACGUGGAGCUUCCGAGCGGCAAUCCGACCAAAGACGUGUAUGUGCAGCUUUAUCUGAAGAACCUGACCGCUCAGAACAACAAACAUGUCACAGCCACGACUCUGGACGCCUUCUCCAGCGACGAGGAGCUGCCGCCGCCGGUGGUGUCCAGCAGAAGUCGAUCCUCCGGCAGAAAAGCCACCAGGAAAACAGACAAGGUGUGGCCCGACGAGCUGGAUGUGACCGUUCUGACCGACCAGGGUCUGAAGGAUGAGCUGCUCAAGCACGGAGUGGACGUGGGGCCGAUUGUGGCAUCCACCCGUAAACUGUAUGAGAAGAAACUGCAGAGGCUGCUGGAUGAUGGUCCUGCACAGCCGCCACUGCCACAGCUGGUUCUCACAGAGAUACAAGUCAACCACAAUGGCAACUCUGAAUCAGAUAUGUACAGUGACAAGGAGGAUGAAGUGACAGCAGCGCCAGAGCCAGAGCCAGAGCCAGAGCCUGUGUUAGAACCUGAACCAGCUCCAGUGGUGGAGAGACCGCUGAGGAGCCGAGGGAAGACUGUCACCACCCGCAGCUCUCACAAUCACGUGUUAGUGCCUGAGGAUCUCAGUCCCGCAUUGACAGACCAGGUCCAGUUGCACUCAAACAGGAAGGUUCACCACAGGCUGGACAGUCCAGCUCGGGCUGAACGUCGCUCCACCUCAUCCAGACCUAGUCAGCUCCAAGAGGAAGAACUGGGGCUUUGUCCUCCCAAAACCAGUGAGGAUUUGUUUCACAAGCCAGUGACUCUGCUCAACACGUCUCUGCUGGAGGUGGAGAAGAUCACAGCCAGCAACCAAACUCUGAAGUUGGAGAAGAAUGAUGUUUUGAAGGAGCUUAUCCCCAAUGACAUCAACAGUCCAACAGGAAUCACUGCCACCUGUCGACGACCCAUUAGAGGAGCUGCUGAUCGCCCAGUGAAGUCCAGUGACUUGUGGGAUGACAUCGUCUCUCCAAAAACCACCAAGAUUACCGGCUCAUCCUCGUCCUACACAGAGAGCCGUACUGUCAACAGAGUCACCAGCCUGCCUCCCUCCACCUCCUUCAGUUCCUCUACCUCCGCUCCCUCUUUCUCCUCCUCCUCUUCCAGGCAUCUGUCUGCGGCUCCCGCUGCAGGUCAGACCAAAGCAGCGACCCGCGGCAUGUCUCUGUGGAUAAAGCUGUUCCUGCUGGCCAUUGUGGCUGCUUUCCUAUUCCUGGUUUACCAAGCCAUGGAGACCAACACCAUCAACCCAUUUGCUGCCCCAGACACAGAAGUGGCCAGUGACAGCACAGCAUAGAGAGCACAGGAAAGUGUCUGUCAUAUAUAUAUAUAUAUAUAUAUAUAUAUAUAUAUAUAUAUAUAUAUAUAUAUAUAUAUAUAUAUACUGUUUGUGUGUGAAUUUUCUUUGAAGCCAUUUCGUUCACAGGCAUUGUGAAAUUACCUCUGACAUCCUUUUUUCCUCAGUAUUUGAUCUUUUUUCCUUCAUACUUUUUUCAAAACCAGUUUUCAGUGAGUCACUUAAAAGAAGAGAGGUGGCCAUUUCAGUGACAAUUCAAGGAUCUCCAUGACACUUUGUGAAAGGACAGUACUCCCUCUUGAUCUUUGACUGUGAGGUUUCGACAAAGCAAGCCACAACUCAACUCUCAGAAAAACAGUAGCUUUCUUAGAAAUGUGUGGACUCAAUUUUUAUUACAAUCUUCAUUUUUUAUGUCAUACUUUCAUGGUGAGUGUAUGAGUGUGUGCGUGUGUGUGUGUGUGUGUGUGGUUGAGAUUUUUGUUAUUUUUUUGAGACCUUGCCUUAUUGUCUGUCUCUGUUAGUCAUUAACAGCCUUGGAGAUUGAGUUUGAAACUGUAAUUUUGUACUUUAAAAGAGACAGAGAGGCUUCUUAAUAAGAUCCAAAUGCUUCUAAAUCUUCUUAGACCUUACACCAAUAUUUUCUUAAUAUUCUAUUCUAAUAAAAGACUAUUUCCCUGUAUAUUCUAUUAAUGAUGUAUUCACUGUCACAAAUAUUGAAUAUCCACUCAAUAAACUAUUAUGUUGUUA